CGACGAGGAGAUUGAUGACACAGCCCAAAAUGGAAUCACCCAGAAAAUGAACAUUUGGAAAAGUGAUGUGAAGGACUGGGGGUCAAAAGACGCAUUUCAUGAAUUUUACCAAAACUGGAAGCAAGCCAUCAUAGACACUUUCGACUUAAAGGAGCGUUUCAAAGCGACAUACGAGGAGGAUAAAACAGCCAUCAAGAUCAUUGUCGCUGCUCCGGAUAAUACUCCCCGAAAGCCUUCAUAUCUGGGAUUCAUUCGGUUUAUGAAGAUCACAGGUGAAGUUGCUUUGGUCAGCGCCAGUGCUACGUUGGAACUCAACUGUUUUCAGCUGGGGACAACGCCGAGAAACACAGGGAAGAAUCUUGCUGGAUCGCAUGGCGAAGGAAUCGAGCUUGCAACAAUGGCCAUGACUGGUUUCGGCUACGAGGUGCGCAUCCAAGCCAGCAACUGUGAUUGGUGUUUUGCUUCUUUCGAGUCACAAUUACACUGCAUCAUCAACCCAUCCGAAGCCGAAGACCGCCCUCCCGCGAGACCCCGUAGAACCCUAGCAGGAUUCGGAAACCGCAUAGUGUCUGAUGUCGCCAUUACUAUUGGUGGAGGGCUCCGCAAGGUGGAACGCUUCGAGUUUCUUCGGUGGUUGGGUGUCUCACUUGACAUUGUUGGGUUUGGGCAGCCUUUAAGUUUAGUCGAGACCCCAAACGGAGAUCUGAUCUUAGACCAUAAUUUCGCUAACAAGGUUUAUAUGAAUGGCACCCUACUUCCAGUGUUCGGCGAAAAAACUGGUCCAUUUGAUUAUGGGUACAAUAUCACCCGGGGAACGUGGAGUACAGAUCGAGGGCAAUUUGAGAACGACAAAGAGGCGGCCCGGUCCCUUUGUUCUGUCUGGGAAGCGGCCAUCGAGCAGAACCAGGAAGCUCUUCUUCCGAAGUAUGUGGGCUUACUUCGGAACAGGCCGGAGGCUCCUGAUAUCAGAUGUGCAGAUCGGCUUCUGGAAUUGGUCACAGCUAAGAAGAUAUGGGAACACCUACUAUCCGAGGCUGGGGGGAGAGAGUUCUACUACCUGGAUAAGCCGAAUAAAGUAACGUCGAAAGAUAUCAAAAUCAUCCAUGACAGUCUCAAGAAGAAACCCGUCCGUAUUGCUGAUAUUCUUUGGAAUCUUCUCCGUCGAUGGUCCCUGAUACGGACACCUGAAGAAGAGUGCAUUCAGCAAUUCAGAAAUUCGCCUGAAUGGUUACAUCCAGGUUUGGAGUUCUCUGAUACCAUUCAACAAGCCCUCAAGGCCUCCCUAGCAAUGCACAAAGCUACAGAAGGCAUAGAAGUCAUGUUUGUCGACUGCAGGCACCGUAACAUCGACACAUAUUUUGAGCCCAUGUCCAAAUUGCUGAAGGUCAACAAGAGAUGGCUUGAGUUUGAUGCAAUUCAUCAAAAGCAUCCGUGCCGUAUCUCUAAAAUGGAUGCCGAAGAGACCAAGGACAAUUCAUUUUUCUGUGACCACAUUGUCGAAUGUCUGUAUGAGGUUGCGAUGAGACAGAUACUUCGGCGUUUGCCAGACACAGUGAUCAAUGCUGAAGACUUCAAUAACAACUAUAAUGAGUUGAGAGAAAAAAUACGACAGAUGCCCCGUCAAAUUGCCAUCGUGCACUGCCUGAGAUCUGGGCAGACAAAAGUCUGCUGGGAAGAUAGAGAGACCGAUACCUUUUCACAGUAUUACGGGGAUAAAACGCAAUAUCACGUAGUACUUCACGAUGAGGCAUGCUGGGAGUCAGUGAAAAACAAGACUCUGCAUGAAUAUAGUGAUCCUAUGAUGGGAGAUAAUACGCCAUGUGGUUGUAAACAGAAAUUUGUACCACAACGCAAAAAAGUGGCAAUAUUUGAUGGCCUUUAUCCGGCACAGCGUUAUGUUCCAAUGGUCGCUUAUAAUGAAAAAGGUACCUUCUAUGGAUUUCCGCUAAAACUUGUCCGGCCAGUAAGGGCACCGAGUCUCAUUCCCGAAAGAUCAGUCUCCCCUUUCAGUGGUGAAUCCGAAGGUACUAUGGAUGUUAAGAGUGAACAAGUGGAAUCAACACCCGAAGAGGAGAAGCAUUGGGAAUUCUGGCACAAGGAGGAAUUUCCCAGGAUUUUCAGUCUGUGCACACCUCGUGGUGAACAUGGCACAACCUAUACUCGCCCCCUAGCAGCGUUUGCAAGUCAAAGGCUCAACUGGAUGUUCAAAGGAGGACAGUAUGUCAGCGUGACCAUGAAAUCCCAAUUUGUACCAGUGGAUUCCUGCCGCCAUAUCCUCCGCAUACACGGCAUCUAUUCAGCGAACAAGUCUGGCAGCCAGGAAGGGAAGAUUUUAGCUACCCAGUACUCGUUUCUGCGCAGGAGUCCGAUUUUCAUGCUGGAAAAUGCCCUGAAAGGACAUCCAGAGAUUGAUGAAAAAGAGCUCUUGCUCCACUUCAAUGAUGUCGAUUUCAUGGGACAGAAGAAUGACGCCAGCUUGAUUCCUAUCGAAAAUAUUACUGACGUGGAUUUUGUUAGGAUGGAUCUGCUUGGUCCUGCUGAAGCCGUACAGUAUACUGUGGAUGUCACCGAGGGUCUUCUGAACUCUGGCCUCUUUUGUCGAUUCGCGAUCAAAUGCGGAGGGUCUCCCGACUCGGCGUGCCUGAUGCCCGUCACACAUGAUCUUCUACCAUUCUCAAAGCACUGGGAUACCCCAGAGUAUUCCUCCAGCUCGCGGCUCGAGGUCUUCGAUUUUUCUCCUGGUGUUCUGGGUCUGGCAGAGGGCUUUCGUCAAUCCGGCUGUGCUGUUCGUGCUGGAUUUGGAUUUGAUCCAGUGUCGGAUCUCACAUGGAAGGUACGAUAUCCGGCUACGGUAGUCUAUGACGGACCUUUGGAUAGUAUUUUAUCCGACUUCAACUCCCUGAGGCUGAAUGCACCGCUAUCUGGGGCACAGGGCGUGCCAAAGAUCGCAAUACUCUCAAUCCCUGACAAAGGAAUCGAGGCAAGAAGCAAGCAAAUACGAGAGGAUAUCAAAAUUUUGGAAAACAUUAAUUCGAUUCUUGGUCUAUACCCCGAGAAGAUGAGUGCAUUGGUUUUUACAUUUCCUGAUUGGAUAUUCCACGAGGAUGCAUUUUUCCAAUUCCUCAAGGGGAUGUACGACCUGCUUCAGGGUCGAUAUUCGAUCCAUCUCAAGAAGGUCUCGUUGUCGCAGUAUGGCUUGCCUCAGGAUCGGACGGUUAUAGUUUUUGUUGCGACAUCAUUCUGUUCUCCCAUUCAAUGGGAAGAUGUGUUUGACAAGAAUGUUCCAACCGAUCUGAAACUUCCCCGGGAGUGUAUUGGGAGUCUACGGUUCCAGAACGCCCGGGGAGUUGAAGAUAGUGGAAAGAAGUCUUUUAUUUGCAAGUAUCCAGACGCGGAAGUCAAUAUCUACAAUCAUCAAACUGGAAGACAGGCUACGGAUUCGCAAAUUCUGGAUAUGGACUCGGUGAUCGACAUGCGAAAUGGACCAUGUUUGAUUCAACAUUCUGAUGGUGGUGGCUUGCUCACUGUGCGAGAGCUUGCCCGGAUCCAGGGUUUCGACGAUGAUUUUGUUUUUUAUGGCACGAUUGAGAGACAAUACGAAGAGGUGAUGCAGGCAUUUCCACCAACCAUCGCGAAGAGAUUGGCCGAUACGAUUCUAGAUAGCAUCAAAGAAUUUGGCAGUUUAGGCGAGGCGGACGAGAGCCAUAGGGCGCAGAAGCGACGGAGGGGCGAGUGAACAGUGGAGGUGGAACAUGCAUUAGCGGAUCCUUUGGUGGAUGGAAUUUAUGUUGUGAAUUGGACCAGGCAAUCUAUCACAUCCUUGGGUUGCAUGCUGUAACUAUCUUCAGUUAGGCAUCGCGAUACUCGUAUCCGUGAUGUGAAUCAUGGCCAAUCAAGAGGGCGGCUGGGAAUAGGUGCAUGCAGAUGCCCGCAUGUCUCAGACAUUCGGAUCCUACAAUCUGGAAGACUUUUUGACCGCUCUUAUAAAUUGGCUAUUCCGUUUGCUUCUGAUUUUAUUGAUGUUGUUACUUAC